AUGCAGUGGGUGCUGUACGAGGGUACUCCUGCUGCUGGCGAUGACUUCGGCCAGGUGCGGGUGUCGCUGGGGCUCCAGGGCAUGCAGAGCGUCCAGGGGCUGCUCCAGCAUCUGGUGGGUGCUGUGCCGGUCACCCAUGGAGCUGUGACCACCACUACCACCACUGUCUCAACUCCAGGGUACGCCGCCCCUCCUCACCUGGUCUACACCCCGCACGUGAUGUCAGUGACUCCGACGGCCACUGUGCAGGGCCCGAUUGCUGCCUUGCCGAGGAGAGGUGUGCCUCCCCCUCCCGGGUUCUUCGUGCUGACAGCUCCUGACUUCCGAUGCCCGAAGAGCUCACCCCAGGACCUGCCGCUGGUACCCAGGAUGUCGCUGGCUGCUGCCUCAUCUCCUGCUGUACCUGACCUGCCUGCCGUACCUGCCGCUCCUGCUGUUUCUGCACCUGCAGAUGUCGUCCCAGCCCGUGGUGUUGCUGCCCCAGUCGCUGGUCCUUCCGGACAGGCUUCCAAGCCGAGGAAGAAGAAGGCUGCCUCCUUCCCCCCUAAGAAGGCUCCCUCGGGAACUUUUAAGGGCCUGUGUCACUUCGGUGGGACGGGGGUUUCUUCCGCUGGUCCUCCUGCUCCUUCCGCAAGGAAGAAGACGAGGACCAGAGGGGUACUGGCUAACACCGGUACUUCCUCGCCUGGAGCUAGGGGCGCUGCCGCUACACCAGGUUCCAGCUCGGCCUAUCGUUUGCGAGAGGUACAGAGUGUACGGUCUCACGAGGGCGACCGUGCAGCUAAGGCUCAGGCGUCCGAGUUCGCUCGGCGCCAGGAUCAAGGCACGGAGCGGAAGGCUGGUGAGAGCCGCUAA